CAUCGCGGACUGGUCUCGCUUCAGAAAAUUCUGCGGUUUGCUUUGCCCGUGCCCAAAAGCCCUUCAUUAUGCUGCCGACGAAGGUCGUCAGCGUCUGGGACCCGUUGAAGCACCUUGAGGAGCAGCCGACCCCGGUUUGCCUCCAAAGGCUGAAGAGGGACAUCUUCGACUUCGUCACGAAUCGACCACCGAGGAUAUUCAUCGCCCCUGAGGAAAGCGACAUCACGAGGAUUAACGUGCUAAUGCUUGGCGCACCGGGUUCACCGUACGAAGGCGGCGCCUUCCAGUUUCUUGUCAAGUGCCCGCCGGACUACCCGGUGAGCCCGCCCCGAGUGCGGUUCCUGACCACGGACGAAGGUCGAGUUCGAUUUCACCCGCACCUCUGCACCAUCGGCAUGGUGUGCCUCAGCGCCCUGGGCACAGGGAACGCCGGACCGGGUUGGAAUCCCGCCCAGUCGCUCUCUAGCACGCUCGUAUCCAUACAGCAACUGUUGGUUGAGCGCCCUCUCUACGAGUUUAUGCGGGAAGCGAGGGUGGGCGACGCGGCGAACUACGACAUCUUCAUCCAGCACGAGGUGAUCCGGGUGGCCGUGUGCGACCAAGUGGACGCGGCUCUCAGGGAGGACCCCCAGUGCCCACCGACCUUCCGGAAGGUCAUACUCGAGUCGUUCCUCGAGUUAUCUGGAAAGCACGAGAACGCGGUCAAGGCGCGGCUCCAUCAGACGGGCCGGCAGUUGUGGGACCCGCUCGGCUACAAGUACACGACCGCGCAGUACGAUACGCUGCUGCUGCGAUUGCGGAGCCUCAAGGAGAAGGUGCAGGAGAGAAAGGCGGCCGAAACUGCUGCGGCUGCCUGUGUGGCUUCUGCCGCGGCUGUUUAUCAGUAGAGUCAAAACCAGUAUAAUGGUACUUCAACAGUUGACUCUAUGACAUGUUCCACAGAGCCGUUUAACUUUGCACAAAACGGUGCAAAGGAGGUUAUUGAAAACAUUUCGCAGCGAAUCUCAAGAGCUGCGGCAGUGCGAAAGGCUGAUACAAGCAUGUGUUCAAACAAAUAAA